CGCUACAUUCACGCCUCAACUUCUACCUAAUUCGUCGCAACUUUGCCAGCAACCUUCACAAUGGCGGGCGCAAAGAAGAAUUUCAAGGCGACCAAGAAGUUUGAGAAAAAUCAUCUUAAAGGUGUUUUGGACCAGCGAAAAUCCUCAGCAAAGAUAAAGCAGAGACAGCAACUCAAGACCAAGAAACAAACUAAAAAGGCAAAGGAUGCCGAAUUCUACAAGGGCGGCGAGGAUGCCGAGAAGGCCACCAAGCCCAAUGGCUCUAGUAAAACGAAACAUGUCAAUGAUAUGAGCGUCGACGACUUUUUCAGUGGUGGUUUCGAGAUCAUUAAGAAAUCCCAACCCGGCAAGAAGACAUCCAAGAAGUUAGGGAAACGCAAGAGAGACGAACCUAACGAGGAUGGAGAUGAGAACGAAAGCGCAUCGGAAGAGGGUAGUGAUAUUGAUAUCUCCGCCGACGAAUUACCCGUAGCGAGCGCUAGCGAAGAUUCUGACGACGAUGAAGAAGCCGAGGAUGUUGGCAUGAGUAAGAGUGCGAUGGACGCACUUGCUGAAGACGAUCCCGAAUUCUACAAAUUCUUGAAAGAGAACGAUCCGGAGGCAUUAGAAUUCGACGAUGCUGACCUAGCCGAGGUUGACGAAUUGAGCGCUAGUGAAGCAGAAGAGGAAGAACAACCCAGGAAGAAACGCAAGAAGGACAAGAAAGACAAGAAACAGCAAGAGGACGACGAAGAGGAGAGCGCAGACAACGAGCUGACACACGCUAUGGUCGCCCGUUGGAAAACAGCAAUGUCAGAAAGACAAUCACUAAGAGCUGCUCGACAAGUUGUCCUUGCUUUCCGAUCUGCUGCGCACCUCAACGAGGAAGACGAAGACGAGGAGAGAAAACUGCCAUACAAAAUCUCGAGCCCCGAAGUAUUCCAUGAGAUUCUCAUUGUGGCGCUUAAACAAGUCCCCGAAGUACUCCAACACCACGUUCCCAUCAAAGAGACUUCGUCCGGCAAAGUUCACGUCCCUACAGAUUCUAAAAAAUUCAAGACCCUCUCGAUACUUCUGAAAUCUUAUGUAUCCGCCAUCCUACACCUUCUUCGCACACUUUCAGACGAUGCUACUCUCAAGUUAACAUUGUCGGCCAUCACACCUCUUAUCCCUUAUCUCUUAAGUUUCCGAAAGUUGCUUAAAAACCUGAUCAAAACUGUUGUUGGAUUCUGGUCACAAACGAUGAGCAGCGACUCAACGCGAAUCACUGCGUUUUUGGUUCUUCGACGACUGGUUGUUGUUGGCGACAAAGGCAUCCGAGAAGCUGUCUUAAAGGCAACCUAUCAAGGAUUGAUCGCUGGGUCUCGCGUAACAAAUAUCAACACGAUACAGGGAAUUAACUUAAUGAAAAAUUCAGCCGCCGAAUUGUGGGGCUUAGAUCAGAACAUUGGUUAUACGACGGCAUUCGCUUUCAUCCGCCAACUCGCUAUUCACCUACGUAGCAGCAUUGUUCACAACCAAAACGAUUCGUACCGGACUAUCUACAAUUGGCAAUAUGUCCACUCCCUGGAUUUCUGGUCCUGUGUACUAUCGGAACACUGCAGUCCUCUAAAGGAGGCAGAAGCCGGAAAAGAGUCUCAGCUCAAACUCCUCAUCUAUCCCCUAGUUCAAGUCACCCUUGGAGCCAUGCGUCUAAUACCAACCGCCACUUAUUUCCCUCUCCGGUUUCAUAUGGUCCGGUCUCUUCUCCGAAUCUCGCGAUCAACCGGAACUUACAUACCGCUAGCAUCUGCUCUAUUAGAAGUAUUGAAUUCUGCGGAAAUGAGGAAGUCGCCCAAACAGUCGACUAUUAAGCCUCUCGAUUUCCACAUCGCCUAUAAAGCGCCUAAAUCAUAUCUACGAACCCGAGUCUACCAAGAUGGAGUAGGAGAACAAAUAGUAGAGUUAUUCUCUGAAUAUUUCGUUCUUUGGUCUACGAACAUAGCAUUCCCUGAAUUUGCAUUGCCUGUUAUCGUCAUGCUUAAGCGAUGGCUCAAGCAGUCGAGGAAGAAGAUGGGUGGUAACAAUAACGGCAAGGUCCGCUCUGGUCUCGUCUUACUUGUCCAGAAGCUAGAGGCAAACGCGAAGUUCAUCGAGGGUAAACGUGCCAAGGUCGAAUUCGCACCCAAGAACCGAGCGCAGGUCGAUGCGUUCCUAAAGGACUUUGAGUGGGAGAAGACGCCUGUUGGUGCUUACGUUGUUGCGCAGAGGAAAGCGGGCGCUGAAAAGGCCAGGAUGUUAGAACAGGCUAGGAAAGAAGAUGAGCAAAAACGAAAGGAGGAAGAGCAGGAGGCACUUGAGGCGAAUGCAGCUGAGUCAAGUGAUGAAGAUGAAGAUGAGGACAUGGAGGACUUUGAUGGUCUGGAUGAUGAGGACGAGGGUUCUUCCGAUGACGAAGAGUGAUCUUUUAGGUUCGGAAAAGGGAUUUGCACAUAGGAAUAAAUGGUUAAUAAAUCAUAACGUCGUCCAUGGUC